CCAUGAUGGCCUGCCUCACCACCACCACAUCGGGUCCCGAGUGUCAGCUCUGGAGCGCUAAACACGUCGCCGUCGGCAAGGGGGUCAGGUCGGGGGCGCUGCCUCAUACCCCCUGCAAGAUUAGCAGCUUGUACACAGGCUGCAUCAGAACCAACGGAACCAUGGCCGCCAUCGGCGAAAAGCAACCCAGCGCUGACCCCGACGCCAUCAAUGAAACCUGCCAAGAUGGCGGCUUCGUCAAGGACCCGAUCAAGCUCAAGACCACAUGCGACAUUCCUUUCACCCAGAUACAAGACGUGGGAUGCGUUCACUAUCUUCAGGGCCAAUACAAUUGGGCUGAUGGACGCAAAAGCUGA